AUGCCUCCAGAACAGCCGCAACCACCCAGGAAUACUGACCGCACGGUCCACUACACCAUGAAGACCUCGUCGAGACCUGUCUCGACCCCGGGGCAGGGCAAUAAUACACCGGCCUUUCGUUCGGCCAAGUCCUCCACCACUCCGACCGCGCAGUCACCCUACUUCCCCUACUCAGUGGGCCAGCCCUACCCACCCAAACUCUCACCGUCGAACGCCGCCGCCAACCGCCUGACUACGCCCCAAGUCAGUCAUGAUACAUCACAGGCCCGGACCCCGAGUCCAAAUUACUUCGCCCUAGUUGUCGAGCCAACUCCAGACCCCAGAGAUACAUCGAUGCUGCCCCGUGAGAACUGGAGUCCGGCUACGUCAUCGGUAAAGUCGUUUGCGGCCGCCAUCCCCAAGCAGCUUCCACUCGACGCCAACCCCGAGUUUGAGGCCUUCAGGAGGCAGGCAGACGCGAACAGGGGCGCCUCGGGAUUCAACCUGGCUACUUCUCACUUUGGAGUUGGGGGAGCCUGGCCACCAAAGACCGAUACAGACAGCGAUAUCUCGUCGGGGCCCAGACGACCGCGUGUUCCUAGAUGGCACACGCACGGCAGCAACAUGUCUAUUGGAAUGGUCUCUGCAAUGCGGACACCUGGCACGACAGUGGCUCCGUCGGUAGCAGCUCUUGAGCAGCAGGAGCGACAACAACAACAGCCAUCACGUCCUUCUUUACCUUCAAAAGCAUCCUCCGUAGGCGGGUACCAACCGUCAGCAAGCCGCAUGGACAUCGACACUGACGCUAGCAACCUACAUGAUUCAGCUUAUGUGUCCGAGGACUCUAAGAGAAAUUCAGAAGAUGUUCCCAUCAACCCGCCUUCACCUCGUCAGACAUCUUUCUUUGAGUCUCCGGCUCCGUUUGAGUCCAAUACCGAUCACAGAACAUCUUUGUCGACCGUCGAGGAUCGACACCCGCGAUUGUCUAUACCGCAGGGUAAGCUCGACCCACCAACUCCGGCGCCACAGAGCAGAACAAUGAGGGCCGGUACUCUACCGAAUUCUGCCGCCGAUUCAUCUUCACCUGCCAUGAUUCACCCCUCCGAGCUCAAGAGUAUAAUUGAAGAUUCGUCAGCCGAUGACUUAUUACUGCUGGAUUUGAGGGUCUCUACGCUAUACCAGGCUUCACGAAUUCAAGGCGCCCUCAACCUUUGUAUCCCGACCACGCUUUUAAAACGGGCAACCUUUGAUCUACAGAAGCUUCGACAGACGUUUCAGACCGACGAGCACCAGGAUAAGUUUGCGUGUUGGCAAGAGACCAAGUUUCUGGUGGUAUAUGAUGCUCACUCGGCCGAUACGCGCGAUGCGACGUCCUGCAUCAACAUGUUGAAAAAGUUUACUGUUGCUGGAUAUAAUGGUAAAGCCUGCAUCCUGCGUGGCGGAUUCAAGGCAUUCGCGGCAGCAUAUCCGCAGCUGAUAGAUAGACGUCAUGGAGGAGAACGGGCUGGAAAACCAAGCUUGACGCUCAAGUCGGGUGGCGAGGGCGAAAGGCCAUCAGUUGCACCCGUCAUUGGUGGUGUUAUGCUACCGACCGGCACCGACGCGGUCCCCAAUCCUUUCUUCAGCAAUAUUCGUCAAAAUAUGGACCUUGCCGAUGGUGUCGGACAGAUGGAUAUCUCCGUGCCUCCCAAUUUGAACAAUAAGGGCCUGCCUGCCUGGCUUAGUCAGGUCGCUGAAAAGGCAGAUCAUGGAAAGCAAGUUUCCGACCGGUUCCUUACCAUCGAGAAGAAGGAGCAAGCGCGGAUGCGAAAAGCUUACACGGCGUACAAAUCCAACGCGUCGUCUCUCACACCUGGUUCGAGUACCGUUGAAAUCUCAGGCAUUGAGAAAGGAGACAAGAAUCGGUAUAAUAAUAUUUUCCCGUUCGAACAUUCUCGCGUGAGAUUGGAUGGCCGACAGCAGGGCGAGAGCGACUACAUCAAUGCCAGCCAUAUCAAAGCAACCAGGAGUCACAAGAAGUACAUUGCCAGCCAGGGUCCACUACCUGCUACUUUCGAGGACUUCUGGUCGAUGAUCUGGGAUCAAGAUGUACGCGUCAUCGUUAUGCUCACAGCGGAGCAUGAGGGCGGGCAUCUCAAGUGCCAUCCAUAUUGGCGGGAGAGGGAGUUUGGGCCGCUGAAACUCCGCUCGCUGGGCGAGAAGAAGGUGUCUCUUGAUAUUGAUAAACCCCAAUCCAACUCUGACAACAGCAGCCCAACGCCUAAAACCCAGAAUGCGAGCACUCCUGGGCCGCAGAGCACACAGAAGCAGGCGGUCACCGAGGGUCGUCGGCGGGCCAACACCACCACCACCAACCCAUCCAAGCCCGAAAACGAGGGCUUCUUCAAGACCCAAGCUCAAUCUCCGCAAGAAGUGCCGAUUGUCGUUGUUCGCAAGUUCGCCCUCAGCCACGCCGCGCAUCCUUUUGCUCCAAUUCGCGAGAUCACCCACCUUCACUAUUCGUCGUGGCCAGACUUUGGCGCUCCGGCACAACCGAGCCAUCUUCUUGCACUUGUGGAACUUGCAAACUCAAUGCAACUCGCCGCGUACCCGGUUGAUGUGAACUCAGCGAUAGCCAGCUCUGAGCGUUCUGGCAGCAGAUUGUUGUCGCAGAAUAGCGGCAGCCGCGAUUUUGGUAGCUCGAGUUCCAGCAAAUUUGGCAAGACCAAUUCAUGGCCGGAUGAGCCCCUGACGGACCCCGAUGCGCGGCCCAUGCUGGUGCAUUGUUCUGCUGGCUGUGGCAGAACCGGUACUUUCUGCACAGUUGAUAGUGUGGUAGAUAUGCUUAAGAGGCAACGGCAGCGGGCAGCCCGACGACUCAGUGCAGCAGCAGCUGCUCGUGAAAAGAGAGUCCGGCGAGAGGGGGUUAAACGCAAACUCGAGCAACGGGACAUGGAUGGAGAUGUGUCAAUGGCGGGCAUUGCUGCUGAGGAAAAAGAUCGGAGUCUUCGGCGGGAUAGCGUCAGCGUCAGCCCCACGCGAGCAUCAUUCACAGAUUCGCCCUUGUUCUCCUCACCGCCCAAGUUUCCUUUUCCAAGCAUCGCCGAAACUAGGGAGUUGGGAGGCAGCAGUUUCAGCGGCAGCGAUGAGGGCACCGGCUACUCGUACUCUUCAUCAUCCGACGAACAACAAAUGCAGCACUCGCCGACGAAAAGCUCGUCAGAGGCCGGCUCUAUGGUCGGGCUGGAUACAGCUUGGAUGGAUGACGACAGCAUUGAUUUGAUCGCGGCCACGGUCGAAGAGUUCCGAGGUCAGCGUCUCAGCAUGGUACAGACCAUUCGUCAGUUUGUACUCUGCUACGAGACUGUGCUGGAAUGGGUUGCACGUCUGCAGCAGCGGACACACACUGGAGCUGAGGGCGGACUCCCAUUGUUCUCUGCGGCUUCGGUUCCGGGUCGGGUGACGAGGUCGAGAAUGCGCAGCGGAAGUUUGCAGAGUGAAGCGAAGCAAGCUGCGUAA